AUGAAGUACCAUAUUAGUUUGCGAACACAUAUAUUAGUUUUUGGAAUUUCUGCAAUAUGCUUCAUAACUGGUGUCUUUCUUAUUAUUUAUGGAACAAUAAGUUUAAGAGAUGCCAAUGAUAAAUUAAAAAGAGUUGAUUCUCUUUCUUCUUUAAAUGUUCUAGAUGACACUGAUAUUUCUAUCCAUAGCAAAAAUGAUUUAUUUCAAAAAUCAAAUAUUUUACAUGAUCAAAAUUUGACACAAUCUUCACCAUUAUUAAUUAACUAUUUAAUGACACUUGUAUUAACAAAUACUAAUUAUUAUGCAGAUUACAAUUCAAUGGCACAGAAUGCUUUUUAUACGUUAGAAAAUUCAUUAACAGGAAGUAAUUCACCAUCAAUAUUACAAGUAAUAUCAUUAAAUCAAAUAAUAAACAAUUCAAGUCUUGUUUCAACUAAAGCUGAUGUAUAUAUGCUUACAGUUUUAACUUAUAUUCAAAGUUCUCCAUCAUUAAAUGAUCUUACUAAUUCUUUACAAAAAAAUUCAAUUGAUGUAUUAAGUUUUGUUAAUAUGUCAAAAAAUUAUUAUCCAUCACAAGAAUCAAAUCAAAAUUGCGGAUGUUUUAAUAAACAGUCAUGUCCUCGAAUGCCAACAAUAAUUACUACAACAACAAUUGCACCAACAACAUCUACACCUUGUACUACAGAAGUAUGUAAACCAAAUGUUUUAAUAGCUGUUGAUACUUCAUCAGAUAAAUUAAUACAUCAAUUUUUUGAAAAACAAAUAACUUUUCUUCAAUACAAUUUGUCAUCAGGUUUAAAUUUUGCUUCUAAUGGUUAUUGUCAUGUUGCUUUAGUAUCAUAUAAUGAAAAUGUUUCUGCAAAAUAUAAUUUUGGAACUAUUACAACUACAGAAGAAUAUUUACAAGAUCUUUAUUCAAUGACUCAAUAUCCAGGAUCAAAUUUAACAAAUUUAUUUACCAAUCUUGCAACAAUUACACCCAAUUGUUCUUCUGAUCCUAUUUCUACUUUUGUUAUGAUAUCAGAAUUUAAUAAAUUAGAUGUUAUUAAUGCAGUAGAAGAAGCAAAAAAAGUUGCAGAAAAAGGAAGUUUGAACUUUAUUAUUCUUGGAACUGCUGUUAAACAAAGUGAUUUAAGUCCAUUUUAUUUUGCUAAUAUUCAAACAUGGGAAUUAGGUGUAUGUGACGAAGAUUCAGUUAUAACAUUUUUCAAUAACAAUUUAGCUUGUCCUAAUAAAUGUACUUCACCAUGUACUCCAGGAACAGUUGAAUGUAAUACAAUUAUUGCAAUAGACACUUCUUCAGAUAUUUUAUCAUCAAAUCUUUAUAAUGUUACAAUUCAAACAAUACAACAAAAUAUUUCAACACAAAUACAAGAUAUUAAAAAAAUUGGUUUACUUUCUUAUGAUUUUAAUGUAGGUAAUUAUCAUAAUAUUGGUUCAAUACAAUCUAAAUCAGACUUUAAUACAAUAAUUGGUAAUUUCAAAAGAAAUUAUGGCUCAGAUCUUAAAAAAUUACUUCAAUUUUAUAUAUCAUUAUUAAACAAUGCAAAUGAGCCAUUAUCCUUUAUCACAUUUAUUUCUGAAAAACCAACCAUAGAUAUGGAAAUGAUUAAUUAUGCAAAUCAAAUUAAAUCAAAAGCUAAACUUAAUUUUAUAAUUCUUGGUACUGAUUUGAAAAUGUCUGAUCUUCAACCACUUGCUGCUUCUUCAGUAUAUUAUUUUGAAUUUGGUGAAUGUAAUAUUGAUGGUUUAGUUGGAGCAUUUAACAAUUUUACUACAUGUAAUACUUUAUGUUCUUCAACAACAACUACAACAACAACAUCAACAACAACAACAACUAAAAAAAUAACUAAAACAACCGUAACAACAAUUCCACCAACUACAACAACUCAAUGUAUACCCCAUACUGUACCAUGUAAUCCAAAUCUUAUUUUUGCUGUUGAUUCAUCUAAUGAUGUAUUAGAAUAUUCUUUUUUCCAAAAACAAAUAAAUUAUCUUCAGAACGAUUUAUCAACACUACUUUCAAAUUAUGAUUUCAAUCGUGUUACUUUAGCAUCAUAUAGUUCAAAUGUUAUACAAGAAUAUCCUUUUGGAAAUAUUAGUAAUUAUUUGGAAUAUUUAGAAGAUUUACAAAAUAUGUUAAGUAGAAAUCAAAGUAAAGGAUCUAGUUUAACUAAUUUAAUGAAAAAUCUUAACAAUCUUAAACCAUUAAAUCCAGAUUCUAUAUCAACAUAUAUUUUUGUUUCAGAAAUCAAUGAUAAUGAUGUUCAAAAUGCUGUUGGUGAAGCAAAAAAGUUAAAAUCAAAAGGAGAAUUAAAUUUUAUUUUACUUGGUACUGCUCCACAUGCAAGUCAAUUAGGUCCAUUACAACCAGAUAAUAUCAUUAAUUGGCUUUUGUCAGAUUGUGAAGAAAAUAAUGUUACUGAUUUAAUACAUAAUGGAUUUGUAUGUCAUAUAGAUUGUGGAAUAACUACUACAACUUUACCACCACCUACAACAACAUGUCAAGAAAUGGUUAAAGUAUGUUAUUCAAAUAUUCGUAUAUAUGUUGAUUCAUCAAAUGAUAUAUUAUAUCCAAAAUUAUUUGAUCAAGAAAUAUCAUUCCUUACAAAUAAUCUUACAAAAAUUAUUCCUUAUAAUUUAAAUCAACUUGCAAUAUCAUCAAUUAAUAAAAAUAAUCAAUAUCAAGAACAAGGAUUUGGUUAUUUUUAUGAUAAAAAUCAAUUAAAUAAUUAUUUAUUAUCAAUUAAACAAGGUCCAGGAUAUAAUUUAAGUAAUAUUCUUUAUAAUUUAUUUACAACUACACCAAACAAUAAUUAUCCAACAUCAACAUUUGUCUUUCUUUCUGAUAGUACAAAAAUUGAUUUAACAGAAUCACAAAUAUGGGCUGAAAAACUUUCAACUAAUAAUAAUUCACUUUAUUUUAUUCUUCUUGGUACAGCAAUAAAAUUAAGUGAUAUUAAAGAAUUGACAAAAACUGAUAGUAUUAUUUGGCAAUUUAGUGAAUGUAGUGAAGAAAUUAUUUUGGAAUUUUUCAAUGAUAAUUUUAUUUGUGAUUACAAAUGUAAAGCAGGUAUUACAACUACUACUACAACAACUCCAGAACCAUGUGUAGAUGGACCAACACAAUGUUAUAUUGUUAUAGCUAUGGAUACAUCAAGUGAUAUUUUGAUUCCAAAUUUAUAUCAAUCAACUUUAAAUAUAAUUCAACAUAAUGUAUCACAAUAUAUUUAUGAUUUUUCAAAAGUAGCAUUAGUUGGUUAUGAUUCACAACCACAUCAAUUCCAAAAUUUUAAUUCUAUUAAAAAUCGUGAACAUUUUAAUAGUAUAGUUGCUAGUUUUCUUCAACAUUCUGGUUCAAAUUUAGCAUCACUUUUACAAUUCUUUAUUAAUGCAUUCCCUGAAAAUAAACAUAUGUCUUAUGUUGUUUUUAUAUCUGAAAAUCAAAAAAUUGAUAGUGAAAUAAGAAUGUUAGCUCAACAAAUAAUGAAUAAAGGAAGACUUGAAUUUAUUAUUCUUGGAACUGAUAUUAAUCCAUCAAAUUUAAUAUCAAUAAGUUCUUCACAACCAUUAUUUUAUAAUUUUGGUGAUUGUGAUAUUAAAAAUUUAACUACUACUUUCCAAGAAUAUAUUAAUUGCAAUAAUAUAUGUUCUACAACACCGCUAUCACUACCAUCAACAAUACCACCAAAAACAAUACCACCAAAAACUUUACCACCAAAAACAAUUCCACCAAUAACAUUACCACCAACAACAACUUGUAGACCAAUAACAAAACCAUGUAAUUCAAAUUUGAUGUUUGCUUUUGAUGCAUCUUCUGUAGUAAUUGAUGAUCAUUACUUUAAUUAUGAAAAAUUAUUCUUUUCACAAAAUUUAUCAGCAUACCUUCAAAGCGAUAAUUUUUAUAAAAAUAAUUAUGAUCAUAUUGCAUUAAUACCAUACGAUAAUUUUGUUGAUACGAGUUUUACAUUUGGUAAAAUUUAUGAUAAUAUAGGAUUUAUUAAUGAUGUUAAUAGUAUUAAACAAGGACAAGGAAAUGGUUUAACAAAUUUGUUAACAAUAUUAAAUAAACAAGUACCAAAUAAUAAUGAUCCAAUAUCAACAUAUAUCUUCUUAUCUAAUGUUACUGAUGAUGACAUUCAAAAUUCUAUUUUACUAUCUAAAACAUUACUUGAAAAAGGUAACUUAAAUUUUAUUAUUUUUGGAAGUACUAUUCAAGUUCAACAAUUGGAUCCAUUAUAUAAAACAAAUGUUACUGUAUGGCUUGGUGCUGAUUGUCAAAUUACUGAUUUACUACAUUUUAUUGAUAAAGGAAGAAUAUGUAACGAUUAUUGUUUAUCACCAACAAUUACUCCAACACAACCAAUACCAACAUGUCCACAAUCAGAAAUGAAUUGUGAUUCUAAAUUGAUAGUUGGUGUUGAUGUAUCAAAUGAUAAAUUAUCAAAAGAUUUAUUUGAUAUUCAAAUAUCAUUCCUUGACAAUAAUCUUACUACUAUUAUUGAUAAUUUUGCAACAGUUGAUCUUGCUUAUUGGAGUAGUAAUGCUGUUAAUUAUAAAGAAUUUGGAUUAAUUAAUAAUGUUUAUGAAUGGGACAUGGAUUUACAUGUAAUCAGUAAAAAUUUUAGACAAAGUGGAUCAAAUUUAAGUUUACUUUUGUCAACAUUAUCAGGAUAUCUUAAAAAUUAUAAUCCACCUGGAGAUUUAAAGCCUAUAUCAACUUAUAUUUUUAUAUCUAAUAAUGAUACAACAAUACCAUUAUCUGUACAAGAUGCUCAUUAUAUUAGUAGUAGAGGAUCACUUAAUUUUAUUAUUCUUGGAACAGCAAUUAAACCUCAAGUUCUUCAACAACUUGUUCCAUCAUCAAAUAUUUUUGAAUGGGAAAUUGCAACAUGUACCGCUGAACAACUUUUAAAUUUUAUUAAGUUAACACGUUCAUGUUACUGUCCACCAGCUACAGUAACACCUACUGUAAUACCAACUACUACAGCAAGUGUUACACCAAAACCAAAUCUUUGUGAUCUUAUAAUUUCAAUUGAUAACUCAAAUGAUACAUUAUUUAUAGAUGAAUUUAAUUAUGAAAAAAAUGUUAUCAUAAAUAAUAUUACUACUAUGAUUAGUGAUUAUAGUCGUGUUGCACUUAGUUUAUAUUCAUCCUCUUUGACAGUACAAAAUUUUGGAACAUUAAAAGAUUCAACACAAUUUAAUGAUUUUAUCAAACAAUCAACACAACAACCAGGAACAAAUUUGACAAAUAAUUUAUAUAACUUAAAUUUAGUUGCUUCCUCAACUUCAAAUAAAAUUUCAACAUUUGUAUUUAUUGGAACAAAAGAUCAAAAUGAUCUUCAAAAUGCAGUCACAAAUGCAAAAAGUUUAAAUGAUAAAGGAAAUCUUUACUUUAUUAUUGUAGGAACAUAUGUAACUAAAAGAGAUCUUAUUAAUUUAACACCAUUAAAAAAUAUUUAUGUUUGGGACUUUGCUAAUUGCCCAAUUUCACAAUUAAUGAAAUUUAUUAAUCAAAAUAGUAUAUGUGAUCCUGAAAUUGUAUCAACAACAAAAACACCACCAAUUGUUAAACCAUCUUAUUAUGUACCAUGUAAAAGUUCUUUAAUAUUUGCUGUCACAACAUCUAGUGAUAUGUUAGAUGAUGAUUUAUAUCAAAAACAAUUAGAUUUAUUUACAAAAAAUUAUAUUAUUGAUGAAGAUUUUAAUCAUUUUGAAAGAAUAGCUGUUGCAACAUAUAAUCAAUAUCCAGAAGUUGGUGUUAAUUUUAAUGAAGCAACAAAUUCAGAUAACUUUAAUUUAAAAUUAUCUUCUAAAAUGCAAAAAAAUUAUGGCAAUGGAAAUAAUUUAACUAAUUUGUUGGAACAAUUAACAUCUGAAUACUUCUUUAAUUACGAUACAAAUUUGAUAAAAAAUUACUUCAUUUUUAUAUCAAAUUUAACAUCUACUGACAUUACAACAGCAAAAUAUUAUGCUGAUAUUAUUAAUCAUAAUAAUGAUUAUCUUAACUUUAUUAUUCUUGAUAAUACAGAUCCAUUACUAUUAAAACAAUUAAAUGGAAAAAAUAUUCUUACUUGGUCAAAUGACAAUAAUGAUGUAGUUAGUGACUUUUUAAUUAACUAUAUCUAUUGUAAUAAAAAAAGAAAACGCUCAUUAACCAUUGGUCAUUGA